UAAUAAACGAUUCCACGUUCUAACUUUCCACUUUGCCAUUACAUUAUACGUAUCGCGCGAACGUGUUUCUUCCGUAUUUUUAUCUGUUGCUUCAACGCGUUGUUAGUGACGUUCUUUCUUUUUUUUUUUUGUCGCGGGAUUAAACAUGAUGCACGCUAUGGUUUAAUUAAGGAGUCAAUCGGCCGAAAGACUUACGUAUAAAGCAACACGCGUGUCCAAUUGGCGUUUCUGCUCGAAACAAAAUAUAUAGUUGAUCUUUUUACCACUCGAAGGACACUCGCAGUGGCGCCUUUAAAAGUUUCUUCUCUCGUUAUUUUUCGUGUAACGAUGUAAUAUCAUUGUGAUUACGACGCGAUUGACGGCAGGUGAUUGAAUCAAAUUCAUAAUCUAAUUAAAAACAAAUAACAGGGAGUCUCUUCGACUCGGCGGUGAAUCAUCCGCUGAAAAAUUUGAUCGAACGCUGCGCUAAUUAUGAAAGUCUACAGAAAUUAAUGGAAUAUAAAAUUGUGAAAUAAUACCAAAUAUCAUUUGACAAGAUUCUCGGCCUGUUUCGCGAUUAAAACAUAAAUACGUGAGGCAAUGGAACUGAAUAGCAACCCGAUCGCAACUUCGCCCAAGAAUUCCGUUCACGGUGACGAAACCACUUUCAAACAGCCACUUGGAAAUGGCGGGACGUAUGGAGCUUUUCAAUCGAAGGAUCCUAUUUUGGCAGUGGAGAAGGGUGAUGAUGUCAAAGGCAGGGGGACUAACGAGCACGGCAUUACCGUGCACCAUCCUACUUCGUACCUGGAAACCAUGAUGCAUCUGUUCAAGGGUAACGUCGGCUCGGGGAUCUUCGCCUUAGGUGACGCUUUUAAAAACGCGGGAUUGUUAUUGGCACCUCCACUCACGAUCUUCCUCGGUAUCAUCUGCGUGCACGCUCAGCAUAUCCUCAUCAAAUGCAACGAAGAGGUGACACGUCGCGUCGGCGACGGCGCCGAUGCAAGCGGCUUCGCCGGUACCGUGGAGAUGUGCUUCGCCACUGGACCCCUCGGCCUCCGUAAAUAUUCGUCCAUGAUGAGAAAGUUGGUUAAUGUGUUUUUGUGCAUCACGCAACUCGGAUUCUGCUGCGUAUAUUUCGUUUUCAUUUCCAAAAAUAUGAAGCAGGUGUUGGACGUGCACGGAAUCGAGAUGGACGUUCAUCAGCACAUGGCGGUGGUUCUGAUUCCCAUACUGUUGAGCACCUGGAUCAGAAAUCUCAAAUACCUAGUGCCGCUGUCCUCAGUGGCGAAUUUCCUCGUGAUGGCUGGUUACAUCGCCACCAUGUACAUCAUGAGCCACGACGUGCCGUCAAUAAGCGAGAGAAGAUACGUCGCAGACUGGCAUGAGCUACCUCUGUUCUUCGGUACUGUGAUAUAUUCCUUCGAAGGUAUUACUCUAGUACUGCCACUGAAGAAUGAAAUGAAGAAGCCCAGCAAUUUUAGCAAGCCGUUGGGCGUUCUCAACGUCGGUAUGGUGAUAGUCGGCUCUAUGUUCGUCGCGAUAGGUUUCCUGUCUUACUUGAAGUAUGGCGACGAGGUUGCCGGCUCCGUCACACUCAAUCUCGAGCCGGAGGAAAUGGUGGAUGGCAAAAUCAUCUACGGUCAUUCAAGUUUGUCGCAAUGCAUCAAGACCGCCAUCUCUUUGAGCAUAUUGCUCACGUACGCGCUGCAAUUUUACGUUCCGAUCGCGAUAAUGUGGCCCGGCAUCGUCAGCCAGUUCGGUCCUUUCAAGUGGCCGAUAUUCGCAGAGAUCAUUUUCCGUUCCGCCAUGUGCCUCCUCACGUUUAUCCUGGCGGAGGCGAUACCGGAACUAGGCCUCUUCAUCUCUCUGGUCGGCGCGGUCAGUAGCACUGCGCUCGCCCUCGUAUUCCCGCCGAUCAUAGAGAUAGUCGUCUGCUGGCACAACGCUAACCUCGGUUUCUUCACGAUCGCGAAGGAUUUGACGAUAGUGUUGAUCGGCGUGUUAGGCUUCGCCACGGGAACGUAUGAGAGCGUGACAUCGAUCAUCAAGGCGUUCAGCAAGAAGUGAGCGUGCUGUCCGAUUUGUAUGAAUUGUAUUCCAAGGCUUGAGAAACCGCGGUGGCGCAAGAGUUCGCAACGGUCAUUAAUUCAUGCUAUACUUAUCGUCGAAAGGAGAUAUUUUGUUUUUAUUUAUGAACGAUUAGAGAUUAGCUAAACCACUCUUGAUCGGCUAGGAUGAUCUUUCUUCGCUUGAUGAGUCACAAAAAACAAUUCUUUCGAAGAGAACGAGACAAAGUAAAACAAAAGGAGGUCAAACGCACAAAUUAUUAUUGUUGGACCGCUUGUUGGGCCGCUCAUCAGCGACCGUGUCUUCAACUUUAACUCUUCGAAGCAUACUUAGUCAUUUGUAUCCUGACCGUAUAUUUAGCACUAAGAGCGUAGCCGUCCGUUCGCUUUGCAAAGCGAGAGAACAUUCUACGCAACAGCACGAAAUAGACCUUGAAAUCAUCGAGCCAUACUUAACGGUCGGAUUUACAGCCCGAUUUUCUUUGCGAAGGCGCGCGGAUUUAAUGGACCAUGACAUCUACGACAUUUCCGCGUGAAUUGAAAAGCUAAGCGAGAAAACAUCGCACUUCCAGAUCGUAAGCGACUUUAUAGGUGGUGUCGGCCGUUUCGCACGAUCGAGAUGUUAGCCAUUCUAUGAUGAUAAUUUAUGUGUGAUACCAAUAGUCGUAGUGAUAAGACGUAACGCAGGUUGUGGAUGUCAGUGUGAUCGUUACCGAUGUCGAGUUGAUAUUAAUGAUAAGUCUCUCGGACAGCGCGAAUAUGUCCCGCAAGACAUCUUUGUGCUGUUCGAGCGCACUGUGCUUUAUUUAUGCGUUCGAUAAAUGUCGUUGCAUAGCUGAGAGAAAACAAACGUUUCAGCUUCUGCGCCUAAUAACUCGAAGUACAAUAUGUGGUUUGCGCGAAGCAAGGAAGGAGGAGAGGAGAAUGAAAAUAAAAAGCGAAUAUACGAUCCUUUCUGUAAUUGCAUAAUACGCAGCUUUUGUAGUGACGACGCGGCUAAAGAGAUGAGAACGUGUGUAGCUUCGAUGUGAUAUUCGCCGUUCUUACGUCAGAGCACUUAGCGAGACGAUAUUUCUAAUCUCUCGGAGUUGAAACACGGACUGUCAAAAUUAGCCUAACGAAUAAUUAAUUAACGAUUGAUUACCUAAUGAUUAAUUAGAUGAACGACGAUUACGAGUUGUGAAUUAACGAGUGCAGAUUGCGAGCACAUAUUGAUAUUCCAAUCGCUAUUAAGUUCCCAUCGGGAGUGAAAAUUGUGUCGCAUGUUUUGCUACAAAGAGAACUGUAUGUUCCGAACAUAUUAACAAACAGGGAACUUGUAAUUCCUUCCUUUUCGUGACACUUACAAGUCGAAGAAGCUUUAAUGACACGUCCCUCGCAAAAAAUGUAUUAUUGGUAGUGACAAAGUAUUAUUGACCAGCGAUAAAUUACUGUUGCUCAUUAGUUUUAUUACUCGUACGAGUAAUUUAUUACAGCGAAUAAUACUUUUUGGCAAGGGGUUUCUCCUAAACGGUCCCAUUUUUAUUUUCGACGGAUUAUCGUAAUCAAUGAUGUCGUCAAGUAUAUCGAGUACCUGUGUAAUUGACUUACGCUGAAACAACUGAAGAUUCGCUUAUUUUACUCAGAGGUUAAUUCAAUUGUUCCGUGUACGAUUGUAUUGAACUGCAAUGUUGUCGCUCGACAGGCACUUCUCCUAGUCGCGUUGAACAACCUCUUAUAUGGAUCAUUUUUUAUAAUAUAUAAUUAACACGUUGACUGCCACGGGGGUCACCGGUGACCGGCGCUAUGAUGUUACCGCGUUUUAUUGAAUUACGUGUGACGUAUAAUUAAUCGCAUCUACAAAAUAGGUUGUACAGCCAGUAAUGAGCUAAUGAAACAAGCUAACAGAUGCGUAUCCUGAAUUAUAUUUAUUUACUGCAGCUUUAGUGAUUUAAUUGAAUCAAUUAGGCGUUUGUACGAUCGAUGGAAAUCAGCGUGGCAGUCAACGUGUUAAUAUAUUAUAUAUAUAUUAUGUCAGGUAUAACACAAAUGUCUGGAUAUGUUACAUUAUUAUAGUCGGCAUACGUGAUAUCCAAAAUUGUAAUGUGAGCCCGAAGUUCCCUGUCACAGAUCAAAUGUGCAAACGUAUUAUACAUUUUGAAAUUAAUUGAUAAGAAAAUUUACAAAUUUUGUAACAGAAUUUUGGACUCACUCUAUAUAAACAUUGUGCGUAAAUUGAAUUAUUGAUUGACACCAUCGGUGAUUUCGGGUCACUUGGAUAUGUUGGUAUCCAACUGAUGGUCAAAGUAAUCCGAAAAUUCGCGUGUAAUAAUCGUUCGAUCGAUAUUGACGUUGUACUCAAGGUCUUUGUACGUAAGAAACUUUUAGUCGUAACCGUAAAUCCGCAAGAAAAUUGACCAAUCACAGUUUAUUAUUCUCUUUGCGAUCGGAAAAUAAUCGAUUGAGUUUGGUCAAUUUUCUUACGGAUUCACGGUUACGACUAAAAAUUUGUUGCGUGCAGAGACCACAACGACAUAAUUGUAUAUUUUAUUUAUUUAUGCGUGUGCCUCAGGGUUAAUUUCACCUUAAAAAUAUAAUUAAAUUCCGAGGAAAGAGAGACGAUGAAAAGAUAAUGAAAUUUAUGAAGAUAAGAUAUACAGGUGAAACUGACUCUUAGAGAGUAAUCGAUAUUUAUAAGAGGAAACACGAGCAUGAAAAAGUAAGAAGUUUUUGAUCGUAUGUUGUACCGUAGACUAAUACGUUUAUUUUUAUUGUUACACUUUUUAUAUAUCUAUAGCGGCUUAUGAUAUGAAACAGAAAGGAAACAGCAAACACAGCUUAUCUUGAAAAAAAAAAACAAUUCAUCGACUACAUGCAAUUUCGACACCCAAACAUACUGAUCGACGUAUAACAUUCGUUGUUCUCGGAGACUCACGGAAAUAAGGAUCGUCUGCGAAUUUCAAAUAUUGUCGAUAGACGAUAGACGAUUAAUCAAUGCAUUAGAAGUUAAUCCUAUCAAAAGGUAAAGUAACAUUAAUCGGAAAAUACCUCUCGCCAAGAAAUGUUCCCGUAGAUUCCUCAUCGAGAUCAAACAUAUUUUUUAUCUCGCGACGGGAGUGAUAUAGUAUUAGUUAAACCUGUGUAGUAUUAAUUAAAAUUAGAACGAAUAGGGUAGAUUCGUUAACGUUAGAUAAGAGGUUAUAAUUGCCGCUUGGAUUAGCGGUACGUACGUUAUCGCGCACGGAUAAUACCGGAGUACAAAUUCACUCAGGGAAACUUAUUGUCCAAGUAUCCGUGUUUUCUUUCUUCACGCCGUCUUUCUUUGUCACGAUUAAUUUCCGCUUUAGGUUUCUCUCUUUUUUUAGCAGAAAAUACGAAUCUUUACAAUGCCUUUGAAAAAUAGAUACUUAUCUACACAGGCAUACUUGACUUUGUAGAGGAAACCAAAUCUGUAAAAAAAAAAAAGAAAAGGAAAUGAUCUUUAAACCAUUUUAGUCAAACUAUUAAAAAAUUUCAACUUGAGCCAUAUUUAAUUUUUUUCAAAUCGGAUUCAAAAGUUCCUUUUAAAAAUAGCCGUUGUCUUUUCAAUCUCGCUUUACUAUUUUGACUCCAUAUUCGCGCGAAACUGUACGCAUCGGUCUCAAUCAGAAAAAGUAUUUCCAUCUUUUAAGAUGACUUGCAUUAAUAUAUCAAUGUAGAUAUAUCAUAACCUCUAUAUACUAUCGCAAACUCAUAUCAUUAUUUUAUCGGCUGUUUGUCACUUCUCGCUUUUUGUAGUUUGGAAACUACAAAAAUUCCAACUUAAUACAAUCAGAGCUAUUCAUUAGAAAUUAAAAUAUUUUAGUAGUACAGAGGUCCUGUGCAGCACAAGUUGGUUUGAUUAACCGUUAUAAUAUUGUCCAAAAGUUGGACAACGUUUAAGUUAGCCAACCAAUUUAUCCUGCAAGGGGUAGACGGAAUUUAAUAUUUACGAGACAAAUGAAUUAACUGAGAUUCAAUACUAUCAUUAAUAUUUCAUACUCAGAUUUCAUCAGUAAUUGUGUAUCGUAUAUUUCUUGUGACUCAUUACGCUGAUAUUUAAUAAAAAUCAGAUCUAUAAAUAUCUUCUAUUUUAUUCUAUAUAAUUUUAUAUUUAAAUCAGGAACUCUCUCUCUCUCUCUCUCUCUCUCUCUUUAGAUUACCGAAAUUAUUUUGCUAGCGGUUUCAAACAUAUACCGAUGUUAUAUAUAUACAUUUAUUAUAUAAUACCAAUAUUAUAAAAAUUUCGAUAUAAUACCGGUACUAUACAAAGUAUCCCAAGAUAAUCGCGAGUAGAAUACACUGGAAAAUUGUACCAUAAACGAAGCACUUUUCGUUUAUCAAAAUUUCGUUCAAACAAUAGUUUGUAAAUAAGAGUUACUUUUUUUAUUUUACAUCUUUUACUUUAGAACAAUAAUGAGUGUAAUGUCGAAUACUUGCACAUAAGACAAUUGGCAAAGAUUAUGAUAUAAGCAACUUCUGAUGGCUCAAUUAUAGUUAUUGAUAUGAUGUACAACAACUUGUUGCACAAAUAUAGGUAUGUGUUAUCGCGCGGUUAGAUUUAUGUGUGCUCAUGUCGUCGUUAUAUUAGUCUUCUUCUCGUACUAUGAUUUAUUGUACAAAUUAUAUAAAUUCUUGCGAAAGAAAGAAGAGAGCAAAAGCGAUCUUGAUAAUUAAUUGAAGCUACGCGCUAUCCCAUGAUGAAUAACAGGGACAACUUUCAAGCUAAUUUUCAAGAAAAAUUUCGCAAAUGGUUUCAGUUAUACCUGCCAUAAAUAAUUUUCUUGCUGAAUAUUUAAAUGUACGAUAUAACAAUCUCUUCAAAAAGAUAUGAAAAUAUGCAAUUUUCCUUAAUAUUACAAUAAACAUUAUGUUCCUGUUU